CAUCUGCGAGCAGCCAACCACACCUCGAAAAUACAGCCAGCGAGCCACAUACACAACAUCGAACCAGUACAGCUCUCUUCUCAGGGAGGCGGACAAGUCGAGACUGGACAGCCUCUCACCACCGACUCAGACCACAACACUACUCCCUGGCCACCCUUCCGCAAACCACCAACAUCACCAUGGCGUCAGAUCUGGAGACACUGCUCGAGAUGGGCUUUGACAAAGCCCGCGCCGAACUCGCUGUCAAGCAGAGCGGCGGACUGCAAGGAGCGAUGGACUGGCUGGAAAAGACACAGGACACACCUCUCGACGAGCUGCAGGCCGAAGCCGAGGAGGCCAAGCUCAACGCAAAGCCUCUGGCCGAGGGCGCCGUGGCCAUGUCCCUCGUCUGCAACGAGUGCGGCAAGAAGUUCCGCAACCAGGAUGCCGCAGAGUUUCAUGCCUCCAAGACAGAACACACCGACUUCUCAGAAUCCACCGAGGAGAUUGCCCCGCUGACCGAGGAGGAGAAGAAGGCUCGCCUAGAGGAGCUUCGCCAGAAGGUCAAGGCCAAAAAGGCAGCAAUGUCCGAGAUGGACAAGGAAGAGGCCAAGAAGAACGAGAAAAUUCGCCAAAAAGCAACUCGGGAAACCCAGGACAUGAAGGAGGAACUCGCCCGGAAGGAACAGAUCAAGGAGGCGGCGAAGAAGCGGCAGGAGAAGGCUGACGACAUUGAGGCCAAGCGGCGCAUCAAGGCCAAAAUCGAGGCCGACAAGGAGGAGCGGCGGCGCAAGGCCGAGGAGGCCAAGGCCGCGCGUGAGGGAAGACCCGUGCCGUCAGCAUCCGCGGCAUCAUCCUCAACACCAACAGCACCGGCUGCUGCUGCAGCGGCGGCGCCCCGUGCAGCCGCGAACCACAGCGAGGCCCGGCUCCGCCUGCAGACGUCGGGCGGCAACGUGAUGAAGACCCUGCCAGCCGAGACGACGCUCUUCGAGGUCGCCCAGAUGCUGCAGGACGAGAACGGCAUCACGGUCACCAAAUUCAUCAUGAACUUCCCCAAGAAGGUUUACGAGGGCCACCUGGACUUUGGCAAGACGCUCAAGGAAGCUGGGUUGACGCCAAACGCGGCGCUGAUAGUACAGUAACUUGGCGUAAAUUGCUGGAGGACAAAUAAUAUUGCAGCGAACAUGACUGCUGAGGGCCUAAAGAGACAUAGUAAUCUGUUCACGAAUAGAUCGUCAGGAUCCUCAUGGACUCAGAGAGACAAGUUGCUUGGGGCGGUUUGC